GGCAAUAAUUUUUCCGUAACCUGAAGCAACACCCUCCUAAUUCUCCAUAAAAAAAGGCGGGAACUAGCCAACAGGCUGGGAAAUGAUGGGACGCACGCUUCUGCCCGUUCCGCCCAUUUCAGCCUCUGAUUGGUGGAUGUCCCUAGCCCGUGGAAGAGGCUCGCUCCUCAUUGGCUGUCAGUCUCCCGGGCCGGUCAGCGGCGCCGGUCCCGUUUCUUCCUCCUCCUUUCCCCGCUGCCGACGUGGGACUAGUAACCUCUGGUAGUUAGGGGCGGCGGUGUGGGUGCCAAACGGCAGGUGGGGAUGGGGGUGCUGCGCCUGCUGGCAGUGGCCUUCACCUGCUGCUGGUGGCCGCCUGGCAGCCAGGGUAAGACGCUGCGGGGCAGCUUUAGCAGCGCCGCGGCCCGAGAGGCGCAGGGCCAGAGCAUCGGCCACUUCGAGUUCCACGGUGAUCAUGCUCUUCUAUGUGUCAGAAUCAACAACAUAGCAGUAGCUGUUGGAAAAGAAGCUAAACUCCACCUAUUCCAAGCCCAGGAAUGGCUAAAGCUGCAGGACAUCAGCCAUGGUUAUAGUUGUAGUGAAAAAUUAUCCAAAGCUCAGUUGACAAUGACCAUGAAUCAGACUGAGCAUAAUCUGACAGUGUCCCAGAAUCCGUAUCCACAAACAUGGAACGUGUUUUAUGCAGACAAAUAUACAUGCAUAGGUGAUAAUGAGAAUUCACAGGUGGAAGAUAUUCCAUUUGAAAUGAUGUUACUAAACCCAGAUGCUGAAGGGAAUCCACUAGAUCAUUUUAGUGCUGGAGAAUCUGGGUUACAUGAGUUCUUUUUCCUCCUAGUCCUAGUGUACUUUGUGAUUGCUUGCAUUUAUGCUCAAUCAUUGUGGCAGGCUAUUAAUAAAGGAGGACCCAUGCACAUGAUUUUAAAGGUUCUGACAACUGCAUUGCUGUUACAAGCUGGUUCAGCUUUAGCUAAUUACAUUCAUUUCUCCAGUUACUCCAAAGAUGGAAUAGGAGUACCUUUUAUGGGAAGUUUGGCAGAAUUUUUUGACAUCGCUUCCCAAAUUCAAAUGUUGUACCUACUUCUGAGUCUGUGCAUGGGCUGGACGAUAGUCAGAAUGAAGAAGUCUCAGAGCAGACCUCUCCAGUGGGAUUCCACUCCUGCAUCCACUGGCAUUGCUGUGUUCAUUGUCAUAACACAGAGUAUUUUACUACUUUGGGAACAGUUUGAAGAGACCAGUCCUCACAGCUACUAUUCACACCACAACUUAGCAGGGAUCCUUCUAAUCAUUUUAAGAAUUUGCCUAGCACUGUCAUUAGGCUACGGACUCUACCAGAUCACUGCAGUGGAGAGAAGUACACUGAAAAGGGAAUUCUACAUCACGUUCGCCAAAGGCUGUAUCUUGUGGUUUUUAUGCCAUCCAAUUCUUGCAUGCAUAUCUAUCAUAUUUAAUGACUACCAAAGAGAUAAGGUUAUUACAAUAGGUGUUAUCCUUUGCCAGUCCGUUGCCAUGGUUAUUCUAUACAGACUCUUUCUGUCCCACAGUCUGUACUGGGAAGUUUCUUCACUUUCCUCAGUAACACUACCACUGACCAUAUCCUCUGCACACAAAAAUCGGCCUCACUUCUGAUACUUGCUUUUCUUUAAAGGAAAAGUGAAUUGAUUGAACAGAGUGCAAUAAGGAUCCAAAUACUCUGACUUUUUUUUCAUACUUUUGGUAUGAAAAAUUGAACAUAGACAGCCGAGUAUAUUAUUUAUACCACUGCAUUUAAGCAGUACCAAAACUGAAAUAGGUAAUAAAUGAAAUGUUUUGAAAAAUACUUAAUAAACUUUGAAGAGUGUUGUUAUAAGGUGAUUUAUGUAAUUUCUAUGUGGAAAUAAA